AACGUGAGAAAGUGUUUAAACAGAUUAUCUCAGGAUCACAGGGGGCGUGAGAUUUCUCUAAAAAUCUUCUUUAAGACCGUUCUGUUAAUUGUUGGACUCCAACAGUGAACGAACUCACCAAAAUGGAUUUCAAAAAUCUUCGGCCCUUGACAUGGUUCUUUAUCUGGUUUUGUAUUACCCAAGCCGACAAGGUCUGUUAUAAGCGUUAUGGGUGUUUCUCCGAUGAUCCACCAUUCGACGACAUCUACAUGUCCUUGCCUCAGACUCCUGAAGAAAUCAAGACGGAUUUCUACCUCUACACCCCACUCAAUGACCUCCCCUUCGGCGAGAGAUUCACAGCAGAACACGUAGAAGCCGUCAGAAACACUUCGUUUGACCCAAAACUAAGACUUACAGUCAUAGUCCAUGGGUUUACACAGGACGGUUUUAAACCUUGGAUCACGAAAAUCCGUAAAGAACUGAUGAAGAAAGAGAAUAUGAAUAUUAUUGUUGUGAACUGGGAGAUUGGCGCCAGUUUCUUGACCUCGUAUGAUAUAGCUGCAGGCAAUGCUCGACUGGUUGGAGCCCAGCUGGCAGAAUUGAUCAUGGAGCUUUAUAAUCGGUUUAGUUAUAAAUCCAACAAUGUUCAUGUGGUUGGACACAGUCUUGGCGCUCAUGUUGCUGGGUUUGCUGGCACUUUACUGGGCAUGCGCAGUAUGAGACUCAGGAGGAUAACAGGUCUUGAUCCUGCAAGACCAGGCUUUGAUAACGAAUCCCCCGCUGUGAGACUGGACCCGAGUGACGCUGAAUUCGUUGACGUCAUACACACAGACGCACACCCCAAGUUUUUGGAGAGAAGCCUGGGACUUGAACGUAUAUCCGGUCACGUGGACUUUUAUCCAAAUGGUGGCGCGUCUCAACCUGGGUGUAUUUAUAUCAGGAAUUUAGCAGAGGUUCUCAAUGAAAUUCAGAACCUUCAAGAUCAAAAAGUUUCACUGCCCUGGGUGUUCGCUUGUGACCACAAGAAGGUCAUUGACUAUUUUACCUCGUCUAUCAAUCACCAAUGCUCAAGAAAAGCGUUCCCUUGUGAAAGCUGGGAGGCGUUCAAGCAAGGUAGAUGCAUUGAAUGUGAAGGCGCAUGCCCGGAGAUGGGAUACAACGCUGACCAGUACCAUGUUAAUGGCUCACACAAGUUUUAUUUAGCAACUUACGAUGAUGAAGGCCAUUGUGCUCCAAAGCACUACGUGUCAAUAGUCCUGAGCGGGUUGAAAAGCGGUUUCGGUCUGCUUAACUCCAUGGUUAGCAAGAAGAUCAUUAUCAAGCUGAUUGGACAAGAUGACGGGAUGAUCCAGACCAAGUCAAGUUUAAUGGAAUAUACGAGUCAGAUAAGUCGUCUUGUCUUCAGUGAACGUCACCCGGGCUCGUUCAAAUCCAUCGUCUUGUCGUACCAUGGCAGAUAUGUGUACAUCGGUAAAGCUACUGUACGCCACGAGAACAACACCUUUAGGAUGCUCAGAACAGUUGAAGGAUUCAGUUUAUUCAGCCAAAGUGAGACUGACUUCUACCUUUUUACUCCAAGAGGAACAAACGAUGGCGAAAGGAUCAGCGCUAAUUCUCUACACAGCAUCAGAACAACAACAUUUGACCCAAACCUUAGACUUGCAGUUAUAGUCCAUGGCUACUGGCAAAAUCGUUUCAUACCAUGGAUCGGCGAAAUGCGUAGAGAAUUGAUGAAGAGGGAGGAGAUGAAUGUCAUUGUGGUGGACUGGGAAGCCCGCGCAAGUAUGGAGUACCUUGACGCGGCGCGAAAUACACGUGUCGUUGGGCGUCAACUUGCGAACUUCGUAAAAGAGCUUCACUAUCAGUUUCGAUUCAAUUCAACCAAGGUCCACGUAAUUGGACACGGCCUUGGAGCUCACGUGGCUGGGUUUGCAGGGGCUUUUCUACGCAUGCGCAACCACACAAGGCUUGGCCGCAUAACAGGUCUUGAUCCUGCGCAAGUACAUUUUGACGUUGAUUCUCCACACAAAAGACUGGACCCGAGUGAUGCUGAAUUUGUUGACGUCAUACACACAGACGCAGGCUACUAUCUGAAGGGAGGCCUGGGACUAGGACGCAUAUCCGGUCACGUGGAUUACUAUCCAAAUGGUGGCACCUCUCAACCAGGAUGUCCUAGUAUUAAGCAGUUAGCAGACGCCUUUAAGCAACUUCAGAAAUUCAAAGAAGGACCUUCGGCAAUGCCUUGGGUGUUCGCUUGCGACCACAUGAAGGUCAUUAGCUAUUUUACCUCGUCUAUCAAUCACCGAUGCUCAAGAAAAGCGUUUCCUUGUGAAAGUUGGGAGGCGUUCAAGCAAGGUAGAUGCUUUGAAUGUGAAGGCGCAUGCCCGGAGAUGGGAUACAACGCUGACCAGUACCAUGUUAAUGGCUCACACAAGUUUUAUUUAUCAAUCUAUGAUAAAAAAGGCUAUUGCGCUCCUCGACAUUAUGUGUCUGUGGUUCUAAGUGGUUUAAGAAUUGAAAAGCUGGGAUUUUGGUUUUUCGACUCAUUAGUCAACGCGGUGAAGAGCAAGAAAAUUGGGAUCUCGCUAAUCAGCCAUGAUGGCAAGACGAUUCAAACACCUCUGAGUGAGAUAGAAGAUGCCAGUCAAAUCAGUCGUCUAGUGCCGAGUGAUCAUCACCCGAAAUCGCUGAAAGCCAUCGUGUUGACGUAUUCUGGUAGCCAAGACAUAUACAUUGAUAAAGCUACUGUACGUGACGAGAAUAACACCUACACAGCUUGCUUCAACAAAUGGAUUUCUUCAGGAUUUUUCAGUUCAGGCACGAGGCACCGCGUGAGCUUACGAAGAGGUGACCAUGAUUGCUGAUGCAUGAUGGGUAUAAAUACCAAUCAUUUUAUUGACGGCAACCCUUCAACUGUGACGCUAAAAUAAAACUAACCUUGGGCGUAGUGUGCAUUAACUGAAAAUUUGGUCUACUGACUGCUGACCAAGUAGAACGAAGGCUCCGUGAAACAAUAUAAUUAGCUAUUAUUCGCCGAAGGCGAAGUGAAUAUCGGGGAAUUCUCCACAUUCACUGAGCCUGAGGCGAAUAAUUGUUUUAGCAUAUACCAACUUGUGUACAGAGUAACUUAUUUUUAUAUACAAUAAUUCAAUAAAAACAAACAAAAAGAAACUUUUAGUUUGCGUGACAAAUUCGCGCAAGGGAGCACAUUAAAAUUUUGUUUGUGUAAGGAAAGUCAUUGUUCUUGGUUGAUCUAUCCAGCGCGUGCAAUCCAUCUUGUGACAGGCGUUCCUCGUAGUGUUUUGGUUUCGGCCGAUCCGAAUGGCUUACGAUCGUGUAAGGAAGGGAAUGACGAGUGUAAUAGGAGGGGAGUGAAACAGUGGAAAUUUUAUCGUCCUAUGCUUGUAGCAGAUUGCUAUGCACACAGGCGGUUGCUAUGCACAUUGAUGGCUGGAUUACACGAUCAAGUUAGAACGUAAGUACUUUUUCGAAACUAGAAGUCAGCUGAAUUUAUGAAUUUACGUAACAUGAGCGUAUGAGUUUAUGUUCAAGAUGAACUGUCGAGUCACUCGUUUGAAUGUUUUUGAAAUCGUUAAUUUGAAUUUUGAAUUUUUUUACAGAAUAAUCACUAGUUUAUUUUCCGUAUCUAAUGGGGAAGUCGAUCAAAACUACGGAGGCAUAUUAAGUUUACAAGACCGAGUGUAACGAAAAAGGGCUAAAGCCAUGUGAUCAGGCAAACUUUUCAGCAGUAGGAUUAUUCUUUAUUAUGUUCACCAGUUCGUGAGCCGAUUUUUUUCCUAUCACGCCGGCGAAAUAAUGUAUUGUCGAUCCUCAUAUAUUUUGAGCCGCAAUGUCCGUUGAUGAGGUGAUAAAAACACCGCUUGCUCCCUUUCUCAACUCCUUUUAUAUAUAUAUAAUUAAAAAUGAUUUUCCGCUUCCAGCUAUUCCACUAAUAAACACACUAAAACCUUUUUCUACGAUAUUAAAAGCUUUGUUUUGCUCUUCGCUCAAGGACGCCAUUUUGUUUGUUUUCAUCUGUUUGACAUGUCACGUCAUUUUUUUUGAAUUUGUCACGUAAUCCGUUUCUAUAGCUAUAGAUGCUGCUACCAGCAUAGAGCGAAAAAUAUUUUGAUUUUGGAUUGUUUGAUUGGCUGAAAAGGGUCACGUGGUUUACAGUUUCACUCCCCUCCUUUUUUACACGUCGCUCCGCUCCUCGCAAAAUAUUCGUCGGUUUUCGGAGUAAAUUSGCUAGCCCGACUAAAGCAAGGAACGCCUGCCAUGAAGUGUAGCGCGCGCGCGUAAACAAGAACUACAAGGAACGCUUGCUAUAUCUUACAAUACGUGCGAUAAAAUCGAAGAUAAACCAACACAAUCAAAAUUUUAACGUGCUCCCUUGAUUCGCGCAAAACUUUUAGCAAAAGUUUAGCAAAACUUUUAGGCCAUACUUCAUUGCAU